AUGAAAAGUGUUUAUUUUGUUGCUGGGCUCCUUUUAAUUAUAGUUCAAGGCAGCUGGCAAAAUCCUCUUCAGGAUACAGAGGAGAAAUCAAGAUCAUUCAAAGCUUCCCAGUCUGAACCAUUAGAUGACUCUAAACAGCUGAAUGAAGUGAAGCGUCACUCACAAGGCACAUUCACCAGUGAUUACAGCAAAUACUUGGACACUAGACGAGCUCAAGACUUUGUGCAAUGGUUAAUGAGCACUAAAAGAAAUGGCAAUGAGAUCUCCAAGCGUCAUGCUGAAUUUGAGAGACAUGCUGAAGGCACCUAUACCAGUGAUAUCACCUCUUAUUUGGAAGGCCAAGCUGCCAAAGAGUUCAUUGCAUGGUUAGUGAAUGGACGAGGAAGAAGAGAUUUCCCAGAAAAAGCUCUUCUGGCCGAAGAAAUGGGACGAAGACAUGCAGAUGGAACUUUCACAAGUGAUAUCAACAAAGUUCUUGAUGACAUGGCUGCCAAAGAGUUCCUAAAAUGGCUGAUUAACACAAAAGUUACCCAAAGGGACCUUUUGGGAGAAAACCAGUAAAAAUACAGA